UUCCACUCCGGUCCUUCAUGACGCCGCCGCCGCUGUACCCUCCGCCGCCGAUCGUGCCUCCUUUGCCGCCGAGCCACCCUCCCUCGCCGCCCGGGCCCGAGGCCACCGCGCUCGACAUCUCCCUCAUCGUCGCCGUCCUCCUCGCGGCGCUGCUGCUGCAGCAGGCGCUCAAGUCGACCCGCAUCGCGUCGCAAGUGGUGACCGGCUCCGGCCUGUGCAUGCUCCUCGGCGCUGGCGUCAACCUCCUCCUCUUCUUCUUCUCUCAGCAGAGCGCCGACCUGCUGCCGGUCGCCGGCCAGCUAUCGCUCGACACCGAGGCCUCCGGCUCACUCGCGCACGACGUCAUCUACUUUGGCCUGCUGCCGCCCAUCAUCUUUGAGGCGGGCUUCCACAUGCGCAAACGGACCUUCUUUGCAAACUUCUUCACCAUUGCGGGCUACGCCGUCGGCGGCACGCUCAUCGCGCUGCUCACGACCGGCUCCCUCGUCUACCUCCUCUCCUCCGCCUCUGCCACCUCGACCCGCUUCACGCUGGCGCAGGCGAUGGUCUUUGGCUCGCUCAUCUCAUCCACAGACCCCGUCGCCACCCUCGGCAUCCUCAAGCACGUGCGCGCCGCGCCGCUCCUGCACGACCUCAUCUUUGGCGAGUCGGCGCUCAACGAUGCCCUCUCGAUCGUCCUCUUCAACGUGUUCUUCGCGUACACAAAGUCGCCGCUCGCCGACCAGUCCGACGCGGGCGUCGCGCGCGCGAUCGGGUGGGUGCUCACCGACGUGCUGCGCGCGCUGGCCGGCUCCGUCUCGCUCGGCCUCGCCCUCGCUCUCGCGUGCGCAUACCUCACGCGCCGGCUCAAGGCGCUGCACGGCACGCCGCGCGCCGCUUCGCACGCGCUCGAGCUCGCGUUGCUGCUCGGCUUUGCGCUGCUCGCCUUCACCUUCUCGGAGCGGUGCGGCGUGUCGGGCGUCAUGGCGCUCUUCUUCUGCGCCGUGGCGAUGCGGCACUACACGUACUACAACCUGAGCAAGGUUGCGCAGCACUCCGCGUCGGUCCUCUUCACCACCCUCUCCGAGGUGUCCGAGGCGUCGCUCGCCGUCCUCCUCGGCGUCGCGGCGGUCGACUACUUCUGCGUCGAGCUCUCUGCUGCAGCUGGUUUCACUGCAGCUGGUUUCACUGCAGCUGGCCUCCAAGCUGACGACGCGCCGCCCGCCCACACCCACGGCGGCAUCAUCCAGACCUUCAGCAUCUGGGACCUGCCCCUGCUCGCGCUGGGCGUGCCCAUCCUGCUGCUCGCGCGCGCGCUCAACGUCUUCUCCAUCUCGGCGCUCGCCAACCUCGGCCGGCCGCCGCAUCUCCGCAUCUCGCUGCGGAUGCAGGCGGGCGCGGCUGAUGCGCCAGGCUCGCUGCGCUCCGAGCCCCUGCUUGCGGCGCCGCUUGCCGACGUCGAGGUUGGCUCCGGCGCUGCCAGCGGCGGCAUCGGCCCGCCGGGUGGCGAGGGCGGCGGCAGCCCAGCAUUGACGCAGCCGCUGCAGCUCGGUCGCUCGUCGACCGCAAAGGUGCAGCGGGAGGCGCGCGCACCCUCGGCCGUGCACAGGGCGUGGCGACGGCUCGAUCAGGACGUGAUGAAGCCGCUCUUCGGGGGCCGGCCCGACCGUGGAGGCGGAGAGGUGGAAGAGGGCGAGGAGGCCGAGGAGGGGCCGGGGCGAGGGCCGGGGUACGGUUCGGGAUGAACUAACGUACUUUACCGUAGAGCCGUGCCGUCGGCCGCUUCGUUGUUCCGUCUUCAUGUUGUACUUAAACAUUGUACACUAUUACAC